UCUCACUUUGAGUCAAUCUAGUUUCUGUUUUUUCUUCCUUCGGACUUCGAAUUGUUAUAAUCUUGGGAAACCCUAAUUCCGACCGGGCGAUUUUGUAAGCCUUAAAGAAACACAUCGUAGGUUGUGCAAGUCUUACGUUAGUUGACAUCUUGAAAGGGUUCCAUGGCAGGCAAUGGCCUGCCUAAUUUGGGUCGUGUGACGCUCACUGAUCUGAUACCCUCCGAAGGCCUUCCUUCUGAUUCAUACAAACUAGCAGUUUCGACUCUUUCACAAUCACUAGCUCAACAUUCUGCGGCCAUCAUCCAACUACCAGCGAGGGAUGGGGCCCUUUUGAGGUCUUGUUUGGAGUCCGUUCGCUGCUACUUCCAUCAAAAGCCGUCAUAUCCAUCUGCUGACAUUAUUGAUACCAAUGACCCCAGUCAGUGGUGCAAGACCUCUGGUUAUUAUGCAAACCCUCAACUCUGGCAAGAAACUUAUGAUUUUAGACCAGGACUUACCCCCCCAGAGCCCAACAAUGAAAUGGAAUUUCCUCCGGCUGGUUUGGUAGACAUAUUUUCACUUCUUGGAAAAGCAGCCAGAGAUGUACUUGAUGCCAUCAGCUUCUAUUUAAAUCUGCGUAGCUCACCAUUCACUGAAAUACUUGAUAAUGUUCCUUUGAGAAAUCGAGAAAUAUCAUCCUCUGUGCUCUCUGUCUGUUGUCAUGCGAGGCCAUCAUUUCAGGGAGCUCAGCAUCAUAAUAUGACGACCCAAGAGGAUGGUCAGUUAGUCAUGUUUUCUGAUCAUGAGCAUCCGGUUGAUAAAAGCCUCCUGUGUGUUGUCAAGUCAGAUAAGGCAGGUUUACAAGUAAGAGAUUUUCAUGGUCACUGGGUCCUUGUUGAUGGUGAUCUUGGUCCCCAAGAAGCCAUUGUUUACACUGGGCUCGCACUGUACCAGGCAACUGCAGGCUACAUUAACCCUGCACUACAUCGGAUUGAAAUCAGUAACUUGCAGGGUAAUAUGUUUGGACGGUGUUCUCUGGCUUUCAAACUCAUGCCUAAAUCCAUGACCAGUCUCAAUUGUUCGGAGAUGAGAGCAGCUGGUCAUGGGGUUGAAGCUCAGUUCCAGCUUCCAGUACCAGUUGAUGACUUCAUGCAGAGAUCGCACCCUGCUGAUCAACUCUUUAACCGGCACAAUUUCCCAACUUUCAAUUUCCCUACGUCUCACGAAGCAGGUCCUUGGGUCGAUGAAAUGCUGGUACAGGAUCUAUGAAACCCUUGAUGAGGAGGAGGAAGAAUAAUUCAAGAUGUAAACCUCUGCCACCUUCCAAGAGGUUGCGCCUUGAGGCACAGAGAGUUCUCAAAGAGAGGGUUCAGGAUAUUGCUGAUAAGAAGGGUAUCAAACUGAGGUUCUGCACCCUGAAGGAAUGUGAGAGUCACAUCCAUGCUCUUGAUAGUCCAUGUGGCAACACAAGAAUGGAGAUUGGGUGGCCAGCAGGAGUUCCAUUUGUUCAUCCCCACGAUUUACCUAACAAGGCAAAGAUUGGAUUUCUUGAGACAUAUGAACCUGGAUGGACUGCGACUCAUGAUAUGGAGUUAAGUCUAAUUGAACCUGGACAGCCAAGCCAACAUGAUGCUCACUGUAACUGAGUGAAUCUAUGGAGUUUUCAAGAUGUGGCAGCCCUUGAUCAAUUUCUCCUUCACUUCUUGUGGGAGCUGUCUUAUGACUCUUAUCUAGGAUUUGCAAUUUGUGGCCACUUUCGACCAGCUUAUUUGUCCAAUUUGUUGGACUUUCAUCUGUUAGCCCUAUGGUGUGCAAUCUUUAUCCAAUAUGAUAGAAACCUCAGGUAGUAAAUAGAUACAUUUUUUACUGAAUCAUGGCUUUAUAUAUGUUCUCUUUCCUGUCUUGGCCGAGCUGCUCUUCAGAACCACCUAGACACAGCAGCCCAUCCAUAGCCCGUGGAGGAGGCUGUUAUCAUAGAUAUUUUUUUUUGGAGAAUUGACCAAAGAUUAGGGGGUUACCUGGGAGAUUCAAAGGAUCAAGAACACUUGUUUGGACUGUGCUGGUAGUGGUUAUGAUGUGAUGAUAUCCUCGUUCACUAUCUGAAUGUUAUCUGCCGAGGGGGACUCAAACAAACUGUUAUUUGUUGUACAAAAAAUUUUUCCCGCCUUUUAGUAGAAAAUGAAUUCUUCU